UGUGAAUAAAUAGAGAAUGCAAAUGCUACACAAUCAUCAUCACAAAUCACAAUAUUUGUUGAGAUGGCUUCCAAAGUGAUUGCUUCCAUAAGUUUAUGCUUAGUCCUGCUUCUUUUCAUUUCCUCCCAAAUGGCCGCCGAAUCAGUUAGCCUUACCCCUCGGGAUGGAGUUAAUGAUGCCAAAUACGGAGGUGGUGGCGGUGGCGGAGGUGGAGGUGGAGGCGGAGGCGGUGGCUAUGGAGGCGGAUACGGACAUGGCAAUGGGGGUGGAUACGGGCAUGGCAAUGGGGGCGGAUACGGAGGCGGUGGUGGUGGGAACUGCCGUUAUGGUUGUUGUCGUUGCUGCAAUUAUGCCGGUGAGAAGGCAUAUGCUCUACCUCAUGCAAAGCCAUAAUUAAAUAAGUCAUGCCAUAUAUAACUAUAUUUCUCUUUUGUUUUUUUUUCUUUGUUUUCAGUGUUCGAAUUUCAAAUUCACUUGUUCCGUAUGUAAUAUCGAAAGGGGUACUAGUCCCUUGUGUAAUAAUAAUAUAACACAAAUUAAAAAAAUUGUGUUUAGUGAA